AUGCCAACUAGUUCGCUCUGUAUUGGUCUUUUUCUUACAUUAAUUUCAUUCUUUGAAACACAGGACUUCAAAGUCUUGACAUGUCCAAACCGUCCCUACGAUACCUUUGAAAACAACGUUUUUGUGUCAAGAUGUGGGUGGGGCAACAUGUAUCUGUAUGAGACCGUCUUAGAUUUGUUAAUAGUAUUAACUUCACUUUUGAACUUAAAGUCGACACUUCUCAAAAAAUGUUUUUCAAUAAUGUUAUUGGCGUCUUCUUUUUAUAAAUUGCAUUACUUAACACUUGCAAACAGCGAAAAUGGUACUUUUUAUUUCACGCUUUCUGGCGCAAUUCACAUUAUUUUUAGUUUGAUCACUUUCGUUGAAAAAUCACCCCAUUGCGAUAAAAAUUCGCCCAAAUGUGCGCCAGAAAAGAAAGAAAGUCAAUUUGGGAAUGUGUAUCUUCACGGCGAAAAACUCCCUGAACUCCAGAAACCAAAAACAACAAAACCAAAAGAAAUUAAAGUACAACAAACGGCACAGUCAAACAUUAAAGAGCUCCAAAACAAAAUUAAAUUAGCUAAACUCGAAACUCAAGAAAAACACCGCAAAGAAGAAGAAGAGGAGAAAAAACAAAUUUUGAAGAACCAAACGAAAAAAACCGAAAACUUAAGCCAAACCGAAGAAAUCUCAAAAAUGAUUAAUGAACCCACUGAGCUCCUUCAAAUCAACAAAAGAAGACCAGUUCCUAAAAAGUCAAAAAAGUCAUCAAAAGUCGUUGGAAACGUUACAACACAAAACGAAAUAAAAACUAAAAAACCUGCAAACAAUGAACAGAAAAACAAAACCGACCUCAUUGAGGAACUCAAAAAGAAAUUGCCGAAAAAAAAAUAA